AUGUUAGAUAAAAGAACAUGGACAAAUAUCGUUGUUGCUGCAAAAACUGCUGUACAGCACCCAGAGUUACAGAGUACUAUUCGUACAAUAGUUGAAGAGAUGGAAAAAGGAUUGGCUUGUUCAACGGAUGUUCGACAUGAAUCAGAAAUUGAAAAUGCCCUUGAAACGGCAGUAAAAAAAUUUGAUGGAUUCGAUAUCUUAAUUAACAACGCUAGUGCUAUCUCAUUAACUGGUACAGUAAAAACACCAAUGAAGAAGUUUGAUCUGAUGCAUAAUGUUAAUGCAAUAAUACUAAGUGCUUCCAAGUCACGACAGAAAUGUCUUCUCUUUGCAGCAUAUACACUGGCUAAGUAUGGGAUGUCAUUGUGUGUAUUAGGUAUGUCUGAAAAGCUGAAGAGGUAUGGAAUUGCAGUAAAUGCACUUUGGACUGAAACCGGUAUAUGGACUGCUGCAAUAGAAGUUCUAGGAGCUCUGAAAAUGGUUUUUUCUUUUGCUAUUAGGAGCCACAUAUUUACGGUGAAAUUUGUGGUUGAUGAAGAAGUUUUAAUGGAAGAAGGGAUGAAGAGCUUUGAUAAUUAUACAUAUGAAGCUGGUUCUAGCCUAAUACUCGACUUUUUUGUCCCUGGGAUGAAAGCAGAAGAUGUUUACCCAUCGGGAGGGGAAGUUGACUUGAAAAAAUGA